GAAAGCGGAAGCGGAAGUCUUUCGUCCACAGUUUCCUGCAAACACAGCAGCUCAAAGCAGUUUGCGUGUGAUGGAGGUCUUGCGGCCGGUUCUCAUUAACAUCAAUGGCAGAAUUUACAGAAAAAAUCCAGUCCAGGAGGAAUGUUAUGAAGAAGAAGAGGAUGAUUAUCCGUCUUCGGGAGCAGCAGCUGAGCAGUGUCUGGACGAGCCGUGUGAUGCAUACAACAUCGAGCAGACAGACAGAGGCUUCCGCUGCGCCAUAGACGUGCCCAGUGUCCUUUACAAGUAUAUUAUCGGGAAGAAGGGAGAGACUCGUAAACGACUGGAAUCAGAGACUAAAACUUCCAUCAGCAUCCCAAAACAAGGCGUGGAAGGACAAAUCGUGAUCACAGGUGCACACAGAGCAGCCGUCGCCUCAGCUGUAACCCGCGUUGAGGUUUUGAUCGACAGCUUUCGGAGGAAGCAGCCGUUCACACACUUCCUGUCGUUUGCACUAAAUCAUCCUCAGGUGCAGCAGGGCUUCCUGCGCUUUCGAGAGCAGGUGCUGGAGCUCUGUGGACAGGACGCAGGCGUGGAUGAGAGUAUUUUCCAGAACCCAGCCAAACUGCAUCUGACCAUCGGCACUCUGGCCCUGCUGAACGAACAGGAAGUGACACGCGCGAGCGAGCUCCUGCAGCAGUGUCGGGACGCUAUCAGAGAUAUAACUGAAGCAAAACCACUUCCUGUGGAGGUCCGAGGAAUUGAAUAUAUGAAUGAUGACCCGUCGAUGGUGGACGUUCUCUAUGCCAAAGUCACGGUUCGAGAUGGAUCUGACAAGUAAGAUACAAUUCAUUACCUGUUAACUGUAAUAAACCUUGAUGUUUGUUUAGGAGAAAGAAAAAUCCAUUAAUCUGAUAGAAAAACAAUGCAAGUCUAUGUGAAGAUUCAUGGCACCAUCAUGAACACACUGUUCCGGAAAGAUCCGUCAGCGGAGGAUAAAGGAGCUUCAGCGAGACCCAACGCUAAAGAUCGAGAAGCUUUUAAUGCCAAAAACAUCUUACAGAUGUUCGGCGAGGUUUAUUUCGGCGCGUUUGAGCUGAAUUCGGUGCAGAUCUCUCAGAGAUUCUCCACUGACAGCACGGGAUACUAUUCCUCUGUGGGACGCGUCACAUUCUCUUGACGGGACACUAAAACACCGCUCUGGACUUUGCUGAUGAAUGCAUUCAAAUUCGCUGUUUUGAAAUUGGAUUAAGCAUUAAUAAUCCGUCAUGCAUUGUAAAUAUUAAUAUAAAUACCAUAAAGAGCAUUUUAAUGGAA